AUGGAGCGCGUAAGGCAUGCGCAGCUCGGCGCGCUGGGCCGCAGGCGCCGGGGGUCCGCGGUGGUGGGGCAGUUGGGCUGGCGCGCCGGAGCCAUGAGGAGUCGCGGCAGCUCGGAGUUGCUUCUCGGCGAGCUGGCGGGACGGGCGCGCAGAACAUUGGCCCUGCCGUUGGCAGGGCCCCCCCUGCCGCCCCCGACCCGCACCUGCCGCCAGCACAUAUGGUGGUACGGCACCUGGGUGCUGUCUACCGCACUCGUCUUCUCUGGCUGCGCCCUGCUCUUCCUGGUGCCGCUCUACGUCGAUCCUGCCAUCUCCACUUUGGCUGCCGACUUCUACCCAUUCCCAGUUGAAUGUGUCACCGUACGGCGGGAGGACCUGACUGGGCUGUACAACUGCACUUGGAGCUCAUGUCGCGAGGGGUGCACCAGCGAUGUGUACUCCUGCACUCACCUGUAUGUGAACUACAAGCGACCCCUGUACGAGUACAAGGGAGAGAAUGAGAGCGAAGCUGCCGCCGUGCUUGCGGCCGGGCCCGUCGUGUGCGAGCGGGAGGCUGUGCUGCUCGUCAACAUCAAGGGCUGCGGCUAUCCGCCGGAGGUGGUGUGUGACAACUUCACCGCAAGCUACGGCACCGAGGGCGCCACCUACCCCUGCUACUUCUCCAGGGUCAACAAGUCACAGGUCAUCCCGCUGUACGAGCGCGAGCACCAUGUGUCCAUCAUUAUCAACUACCUGGCUAUACCACUGAUCAUCACGAUUGCGUCGUCGCUGGUUCUGUGCGCCAUGCACUGCGACUGCUCGGCCACUGAGCGCUUGCGUCGCUUCAAGUCUCGGGCCACAAUGCGUGACUUCAGUGAAUGCCACCGGUCACCUUCGAACGUGGGCAUGCUGUCCUCACAUCCGUAAGGUGGCUGUAGCCGGCGGCGUCUACCGACUAAGAUUUGUCCUAUCAAGAAUAAAAGGCGGCCUCUUACACCUUUUGUACGCCUCUCAGAAUCAUGACCUUUCAAGUAAAUGCUUGCAUCAAAGUACUGUAAAUAUAACAGUGAACAACUUUAAACCAAGAGAAAGUAACCGAAGGUGAUGGCACUAUCAUCAUUAAGUGCCAAUCGACAUCACCUCCAUUUGCUGUUUCCACGUAUUCUACAAGUUAAUAUGUGGUCGACACAUAACACAUCAUUUUUUUCCCAUUUCCAGUGUCGUGCGCUGAUAACAGUAGUGUCACCCAUUGAAAGUAAAUACUGAACUUUUGGAAUUUUCUUUUUCUCUGUGUUCUUCAGUGAUAACCUGAUUCUCACUGAAGCUAUUUGUAUCGUAACGCAAGUUACGUUUCUUUUAUUCGUUAAGAGAGCUGCUACAUAACGUACAUAUGUACAUAACAAAAAUAUUACACAAAGAUGUAUCUGUUUAACUGAUCUAUUAUUGUAAGUGGUUAAAGUUAGGAAAUGUUUAUGAUGUGGUAAAGCCACACAGUAGAAAAGUGUAUCACAUAGCUGAAUGUUCUAUUUAUAUGUCCCAGAACCCAUGUAUAGCUAAGGUGUCAUGCAUAUUAAUCUAUAUAUUAUUAUGGACAAUCCCAGAAAU